AUGAAGCUGGGUAAAUUAGCCUACAAAUCGAGUUUCUCUAUCCUCUACGUUGUAAUAGCAGGUUUACUUUUCGUUACCCCUAUCGAAACCUUUCUCCAAGCCAGAGAGAACCACCAAUUAUACAAUAUCUUUGUGAUCGUAUCCUGCUAUGCGGCUACCCUUUUUUUCGGCGUCAUCCUUUUAGCCACGAGAAUUUGGACUGAUCGACAAAUUAUAAAAGCAAUACCGAAAACAUGGAUACCCGUCGAAAAGGGCGAUGUCAACAAGAAGGUUCGGAAGAUGAUUGUGGCGAGCCUGGCGCGAAGUGCUGCCAUAGCAUGGGAUUCACGACCGCGAAUUGAUCAGCAUGGGAUUACAAUAGUAUCGACGCAAGACCCACCAUAUUCAGUGACAAUAGCUGCUGAUAAUAGUCGUUUUGAGCAAGAGAAAAGGCCGCAUGAAGCCACAAUCAUCAUACCACCCAAAGAACCCGUUUGGGGUCAAAUUUCACACAACGGAUGGUCUUCUCCAACCUCUGCGGAUCUGCCAAGUUUACAAUACAUCACUGUAAUCCUCGAAUUACCGCAUUUAAUCGAAGCAAAAGCAGUAUCUCUAGCACCCCCAGAUCCACAAUCGACGUCCCAACCGCCUAUGCCUGAUCUCCGAGCAGUCGAUAUUCUUCAACGACCAACUGCUAUGUGCUUGCGCGACUAUAUCAGUCAUCUUACCGAUUUUGGUGUAACCAGUGAUCCCUCCAUCGCUACAUCUUUCCUUUCGGCCUACGAAUACGCCCGAUUCUCCUCCAACACCAUCAGCGAAGUCGAGUUUCGCGACUUAAUGAAACAAUUCGCAGAACUUCUUCGCAGCAUGGAACCACUCAGUCCCGCGAUUAUUAUGAGUCUCACGAUUGACGAUCAAGAGAGCGAUAUUGACGAUGACGCAUCAUCUAGUUCUACUCCUAUUACUCCACAAAGUCGUUCGAUUGCAUCAUCCUUGAGAAGUGUCAGUAUCCGCAGUGGCAGUGAAGGAACCAUUCGAACGGCGCCCUCUCGCAGACUCGGCACGGACCACACAAACUCUAAUAGGUCCCGUGUUGGCACAGAUCCUGUUACUCCCCGAAGCAAAAAGGGUGAAUUCUUCAGGUCGCGAAGCCAGGGCGAGGGCUUGUAUUCUAGCAGAAGCUCAAGUUCUAGUAUGAGGUCUACAAGUCAAACAAGUGUGAUCAAGUUGAGCAGAGUCGAGACAGGAGGUUCAUUAACUUAUGAGCUUAAUAUACCCAGGGUGCACUGA